UGAUAUUGUUAUUUGGGAAGUAGGCCUACAACUUCUUUUUAUUUUAUUUUAAAAAAGGUGACUCAGUUGGUAGAAAUGUGGGAGAGGUGCAUCCCUUCAGUUUAAUCAUUUACCCACAGCUCACUGCUGCGAGCAGCUGGACGAUUUAAAUCCUUACUUUUCAAAUACUUUCGUCAGGGUGUUUCACUUCUUGCAAAAUAAUUCAGGCAUAACGUAAAAAAAAAAAAAAAACGCGUUGUUUUACUCCCAGUGUUCCCAACAGCUCCACUUCCUGAAACACCUGUUUGUCAGGUAGGAUCGUCUGCAGCCGCCCCGGAGACUCUGAGUCAUGAAAACAUAGACUAUGGACGGAACUGUACCAAGGCUUUGACAGAACUUGAACCCCCCUUUUUUUUUUUAGUUGUUUGGUCUGAGUGAACCCGCUUUCACAUCUUAAAAAUGCGUCGACUGUGCCAAAGGAAUCCGGCUCUGGAUGUCGUGUUGCUGCUGUGUUCCGUCUCCUUUUUGGCUCCUUCCUCGGUCUCCUCCAUCUCAGUGAUGACCCCCCCAGAGCUCCAUGCAUCCAGAGGGGAGACCGUCACAUUGUCCUGCACUUUCACUUCAACCAGUAGGCCGACCAGUAAGAUGACCGUGGACUGGUCUUACAGGCCCCAGAGUGGAGGGCCGCCACAAACAUUUUUCCACUUCUCCUCAAGCUCGUUCCCUCCACUCGAGGGUCAGUUUAUGGGUCGUAUCAAAUGGCAGGGAAGCCCGGCACGUGGGGAAGCCUCCAUCUCUCUGAUCAACGCCACAUUGAAAGACAACGGGACGUACACAUGCUCAGUCAGGAACCCUCCGGACGUCCACGGCUCGCCGAAUUCACACACUGUCCUCAGUGUCACACCAAAGGCGCCCAGCGUUCGCUUCUCCGAUGUUGCUGUCCUGCUGGCUUUCAUCCUCCUCCCCUCGGCCGUCAUCACCCUCAUUCUGAUUGGGCGGAUGCUCUGCCCCAAGAAACAGCGUAACCAAUCAAAGGGCUACAGAUCGCCCAUAGAGGUCACGGAGGGGGAGGAGUACGGCAUCCACCCACCAGCGGGCAAAGCAAAGAAGACCAGCUGUUGUGACCUAUAUCUCAUGGACUCAGAGGAUGAAAACGGUUACAGCGACCUCACAAAGAGGCCCCCUGUGGAUGAAGGCUACGCUGAGUCUCAGUGCUAGAGGAACCCUGCUGGUUGGAUGAUGCAACUGCAGCAUCAAGACCUACAUGGUGCUCUAAAUAUGGGAGGCAUUGAAUGUUUAUGAAUACUGAAUUCACAACCAAUUCCCAUAGUCAACCAACCACUUUGGAAUAAUGUGCAUGUGUCUGAAAUAUGCAUCUCACACUUUGUAUUUAUACUUCAAAAUAUGUCAAUAAAUUGAUUUACUUUUUGUGUUCAAGCUCAUAAAAUGUCCCAAGUCUUCCUAAUAGUCAGUCCACUGUUUUCUCAUCGCAGUGCGCUGUGAAGAAGUCGAGGUCACUGCACCCGACACUGCAGACCGUUAUGAGAAAUGAUCUGUUUAUUCUGUGUGUAUAGGAAAA